AGUACCUUCAGCUGGCAAAGGGUGGGCUGAAAAAAGUGUUACACGUACAACGAAAGUGUAAUCCGCAACCGAUUCUAAUCAAUGAUUUGUUUUGUUGUGCAAUGGCUAGAAGUGAUAGCAAGAGUGUAGCGCUUACCUUGAACGCAGUUUGGCAUUAAUAGGUAACUGUUGUUGAACGACAAAGCUGUGGACGGUGGCAGAGGUAGAAUAAGUGGUCCACGGAGAACAUAACUCUUCCCGGGAAGAAGAUUCUCAGAAGCAUGUUUUCCGGUAGCAGUUAUCGAACGUGUCCCAGCGCUCCGGUGUUGCACCUUCGACAUGAACCCGUGCGGUCGAAUGUUACCGUAGCGAAACAACAGUACCGGAUGCCGAAGAUCGAGAUUGGUGAACUGAGUGGUGCAAAGGGUGCCUCAAUGUUGGCCAACAGCGGAAGUUAAUGCAUAGAUAAAACAUCAUCAUUAUGCUUGCUGCGAGACUGCCUAGCUGCUAAUCUUCAACUGCCCUGCAACUGGAAAAGGACAAACCGUCUGCCUCAUUGGCUCAUCCCGCAUGAUCCGCUGUUAGUGUUCGCAUUGAUCGAUCUGGCCAUCGGCCUUAGUGGCCUACGAAGUGUUCUACCGAGCGCAAGCUGCUUAGCUGCAGUGGAUGAUCACCCAGCCCAGGAAGCAGCUGCGAAUGUUGAAUACGCUGCUUUAUUCUUUGAUGCGAACAGUAAACGAAAGAAGUUCAUUCGCUGUGUGAGAAUAUUUGGCCAAUGGCACAAAAUCGACUGUCCGCAGUCAUUCGGUGUUUAAAUCGCCGAUUCAUUCUGUUUGCUUUGGAGUAGUUAGUUUUUCGGAUUUCCUUUUCCACAACGGUUUCUAACGGUGGUUUUUGUUUUAAGUUAAUUUUUCGACGCGAACCUCUUCUCUGGUUUUGUUCAUGAUUUGUUACGCAAAACAUAAAAGCCGGUAGGACAUUGUGUGUUCGAGCGUUUUGACACAUUUAAUCUAUGUGUGAUACUACCUAUUAUGCGGGUUUUUGUGGAGCCGAAUUAUUUUCAUCGUUUUGCUGCUUAGUUUCUUGAAUUAUUGGCACGUAUUUAAUUGCCACAAUGGACGAGAAGGAAGUUAACUUCUUGCCGAAACCGAAAAUGCCGAAGGUGGGAUGCUUCCGGGCGAUCUGUGAUCGCAUUCCGGCCCGGUUGGUGCUGUACUUUCUGUCCUGGUCCGGAUUUCUGGUCUCGUUCGUAAUGCGAAACGAUAUCAACUUUGCCCUGGUGGCUAUGGUACAGGAUCCCAGCACGAACUCCACCGGCAACGAUCACUGCAACACCGGGGCGGAUGCCGUACCCUCACUGGAAGAGGGUGGCGAAUACAACUACACGCUGUCGAUGGCCAACGCCACCACAACCGUACUGCUGGAUGGGCUUGCCUCGAUCGAUGACAUCAAGUUCGACUGGGAUUCAACCGUGCAGGCAGUCAUCAAAUCGUCCUUCUACUGGUGCUACGUACUGUCGCAGGUGGUUGGCGGUGUGGCCACCCAGUACUUUGGCACUAAGAACGUGUUCGGGUGGUCCCAAUUCCUGACGGCCGCUUGCAGUUUGCUCAUACCGCAUGCAGCGGACUUGCAUUACGGUGCCGUGAUACUGCUGCGAUCGGUGCAAGGCUUCGCCAGUGGGCUCACCUGGCCGGCCAUGUACGCCAUCGUCGGCUACUGGAUACCACCGGUCGAGCGAAGCCGAUUCAUGAGCAGCUUCCAGGGCUUCAGCAUCGGCAUUGGGUUGACGUAUCCGCUGUGCGGUUUCAUCAUUGCCCAUUUUGGCUGGCGUCAGGUGUUCUACACGACCGGUACGAUCGGCAUGGUUUGGUGCGUGUUCUGGUAUCUGCUCGCCUACAACACACCCCAGGAGCAUCCGCGCAUCACACCGGAGGAGCUGGAGUACAUCGAGCUAAACGUGAGCGAGGACAUUAAGAAUGGGCAGGGGAUGCGUGUACCGUGGCGACGCAUCUUCACCUCGAUGCCGGUGUGGGCGAUCGGACUAACCACAUUCGGGCGCAUUUGGGUGCACUACACGUUCAUCAUGUCCGGGCCAGAGUACAUGCAGAAGAUCUUCUGCUUCGACAUACAGCAGAACGGACUGUUGUCCGGUGCGCCAUUCCUCUGCUCCUAUCUGUCAUCCGUGCUGUUCUGUUAUAUCGCGGAUCUGCUGAUGGAUCACAAGACGCUGACACUCACCAACGUCCGCAAGCUGUUUACCGCUUUGUCACAGAUCGUGCCGGGCGUGCUGGUGCUGCUGGUCGGCUACCUCGGCUACCAGAUCGUAACGGUGCUGAUACUGUGGUUUGUCGCCGUAACCUUCAUCACGGCGUCGUAUGCUGGCGCAAUGGCAAACAUCGUCGACAUUGCCCCGAACUUGGCAGGACCAGUGUUGGCAUUUGCGCAAACUAUCCACAUGACCGCUUCCUUCCUGCAGCCGCUCGUUACCGGCUUCAUGGUGACUGAUUCGCAAAACAUUAAUCAGUGGUUGCACGUGUUUGGUGUAUCGUCGGUGGUGGCGAUCAGUACGUACCUUAUCUACCAGGUGUUUGGAACGGCGGAGAUACAAUCUUGGAACUAUCCCGUUCCCGAUCCGGAAAUAACGUCCUCGGAUGAUUCAGCCGUGAUUGCCAAUCAACCAAUGAUAAAGGUUGAACCAGGCCUCAAGUUUGACGACGACGACGACGAUGACGAUUGAAAUGAAGGAACGGACACGCCUGUUCGAUACAACACUGUAUUGUGUAUCUUCUGUUUUUGCACUCGUGACAACAAUUAAUGUUAAAGAAAAUUAAUGCUAAGGUGAGUAGUGAGGGGAAGUUGAAACAAAAAUUCCACUUAAAAUUUAAUUAAAACAAAUCCAGAGCGGGAGUGAUGUAGUACGCUAGAAGAGGACAACAUAUGUGAUUAAUUCGAUACGGAAACGAAGGAAAGGAUAAAGAACGAAGGAAAGAAGGCGAUUAUUAAGCGAUGAGUGUAAAAUGAAACAGGAAAUCAGGGAAAACUUAGAAUGGAAACAAGUGUGUGUGUGAGAGAGAGCAAGAGCAGAGAGUGAAAGUUUGAGUCGUGUUAUUGAAUGGUGUGAAUCACAAUGUGCUACUCACAAAUCCGAUAAAGACUUAUGUCGUCAUAUUGCGAUCGAUUACUUAGACAAAAUUAAUUACAUUCAAGUAAAACGCAGUUUUAACGUUCGUAUAUUCGCAUAAAAAAUGGAAAGGCGUACGUACGGCGCGAUCCGGUGGCGUAUUGGUCCGGUCUUCACACGACAGGACCGAGGAAAAAAUGCAUCCGGACUAAAACCCCCGUAGCAAGGACUGACCAUCCGGUUACGUGGUACAAUUAAGUCGAUACGGCAUGGCCGGUGUAACAAAACAAAAAAAAAGGAACGAAGGGCACGCACACACGCAUACCGACAUUUGUGCAAAGUUUUCUCUCUUUACAUUGCCAGUAGUAGAGCAGAUCAGUUUAUUUUGGAAUACUUUUAGUUAACACUUAACAAUAGCCAUUCUUUUGCAAGCGGAGAUCUAUUGAAGGCUCUUUUUGUUGCAGUUGUUGUUUACUUUAGUCAGUUUUUAUGAGCUUAUGAGUUAUAGUACGUGUUCUUUAUAUCUUUUCGCUUUUUUGCUUUUGUUUUCUUAGUUGUAGUACUUUGUUCAGUAAACAGACAGCAUUAUAAUUAUUUUUAGGUGUAGUAGGAUGAGUGUACAUUUACAGUAGAUGAUAGAAAGAAGCAACAAUCGGUACGAGUACGAGCGUUAACCACUCUAAAUUUGUUAUCACACCAUUGUGGUCGGCCAUUCGUAGUCUUAUUGUGGCAAUUUUGCACCGACAAUAAGCAGCAUGCAAUUCCAUAAUGUCGAAUGCCCGAGAAAUGGGGAACUAUGUAGAAGCACAGCGGCAUUCGCGUAUGUAUAUUCCACACCGACCCAUUACUGUUCUCUGUCCCCCUGUUAUGGGAACUCUGUUAAACUAUACGUGCCUAUAUAACAAACAAACGAGAAAUUAUCCCCCGUUUUAGUAGUGUGGUGAGGGAUAUUUUUCAUCGUAGUAGAAUAAGGGUGAAAAAGGUGGGAAACUUAAACCCGUUGCAUUAAUCUUUCCGUACUAUAAAACGUAAGACUAAACUUUAAAAUGAGCCAAGUUGGGGAAGUUUAGAAAACAAAGAAAACAUCUUCUCAUUAUGGUUGAUCACAUUCUCAAGAACCACACGCGAUACGGUGCUGCACGCGUUAUUCGAGUAGAAAUGAAAAAAAGAUGAAUAACCACACGUAAAGUUACGGCGCUUUACGGCGAGAAUAUGGUUUAAACAGCACACUAACCGAACCAGUUGGUACCAAUUUGUGAUCUCAGUCAAAAGUUUCAAACCAACAUCUAUCAGUCGCAAAGUAAUAAUAAUAAAAGAAAUGAAAAACAUUAACAUCCUUCGGAUUGUUACCUUAAUACCUUAGACCUUAUGAAUAAUAGCAAUAGCUAUAUUUAGAGUUAUUGAAUCAUCAUGCAGCAGAUUGGGUACAUAAAGUAUGGCUAAUCGUCGGUUGAAGUCGAAGCCGAUUAAAUGAAACACAAACAUGUGAAAUAAGGCAUGAAAAUAUACAGAGAAGAGAGUUACAGAUGGCAAAUAUAACGAAUCCUUGUAAAAACAUAGAGCACAGACAUAUUUGCAUAUAUUGAUGUUUGACAUAAAGAUUAGUUGGAUACUAAAUGACGAUGACAAACGAAAUAAAGAACGCGGUAGGACCUUUCGAGUAGUGAUGUGCCAUACGAGUUACUUAAGACCCGGCCCCGACUCGAUUGUAAACGAAAUAACCCACCCACUCCGGUGGGUGUAUUUCGGUCAACUUUGGACUAACUCCAUGAU